AUGAAAAGUUCAUGCUUGGGGGGCAAGGCCUUAAUGUGGAGUGCUGUCUGUUCUGUACAGUUUUAAGAGCCUGCGACUGUGACUUAGGACCACAUGAAGUCUGCUUAGAACAUUUCCAGCAAAUAAAGGCAAACAUUGGCGGAUUCACUGGUCUACGAGAUGAUCUCACAUGCCUUCUUGAUGAAGAUUUAUCUUCAAUGAGUCUCUGUGCGCUGCAUUGUGAGAUGCGAAAUACAGAACAGCUAUUGAAAAGUAUUGGCCUGCUCGCUCACAAGAUUGGCUCCCUGCAAGAGUGCAAUGAGGAACUUUCCCAAUACGGCCCCUCAAAUUUUAAGGGGGAUAGAAUCUCUGUUAAACUUAAGCAGGGGCAACAAACUGCUGCUGGGAGACACAACAUUUCUGUUGCUUCAUUCUCAGGCUAGACCAAUUUAUUUUUAGGUUAAUAAGCUUAUCAUCAGCAGCUGUUUAUAAUCAUAUAAAUUUAAUGAAACUUCACCAUA